UCCGAUGUGUUAGUUACGUGGAUGUGAAGCGAGUUCCUCGAGAUACAUAAAUGAAUACGGUGCGCGUAUUCAAUUUUCUCGUCUAAAUUCGAAGUGUAUCCGCGUUUAACUGUGAAAACCAUUGGAAUGACUGCUCUCGAUAGCAAUGGCUCUCUUCAAGACAAGAAAACUAGCAGUGAAAAUGGGACUGAAGAUUAUCCAAAGAUACCCACUUCCACGAAUGGACCUAUACUCUGGACUUACACUAUGAGAAGGCAUAUGCAGGAAGUGGUUCCUGGGUUGUAUCUGGGUCCAUAUAGUGCAGCCAGUAGGUCUAAACUGCAAUCUCUAUUAGAUCAUGGUAUCACUCACAUUGUCUGUGUCAGGCAAGACAUAGAAGCAAAUUUUAUAAAACCGAACUUUCCCGACAGAUUUAAAUAUCUGGUUUUAAACAUAGCCGACACGCUGACUGAAAAUAUUAUCCAACAUUUUCAAAAAGUGAAUUCAUUUAUUGACGAGAGUCUGAAUGCUGGUGGACAUGUGCUGGUCCAUGGGAACGCUGGUAUAUCAAGAUCCGCAGCACUAGUCUUAGCGUAUGUCAUGGAAACGUACGGACUCUCUGAAACUCGUGCGCACGCGCUAGUGCAGCAGAGGAGGUUUUGCGUAAACCCGAACGAAAGUUUCAUGACCCAACUCAGAGAGUACGAACCGAUAUACCAAGCUCAGAAAACGUUGAAAGACGUGGAACAAAGUUUCUCGAGGCUGGCUACCAAACGGAGGAUUGACACAGAGAGGACAGACGACGCGAUGGACAGUUGAUA